CCUUCUUACCUUAAUGAACUACCACUUACCCAAGUGAUGAUAGACGAGUGAAAACCGGCUCCGCUUUUAAGUUUAUUCUACUCUUAACUAUCUCCAUGCAUUCAGGAACUCUAUUUUUAUCUAAACACGCAUUUGGUUAUUUCUAGAAUGGUUCGGUACAUGUACUUUGUACCUCACAACUUACAUACUGGAAGUCUUCUACUAAGAAUAGCUGGCCUGCACUUACAUAAAAAUAACUUGUUCAAAUGGCGUCACCAAACAAUAAUUCCCCAGGGGUAGAGGAGGAAGAUGAUGACUACAUGAACAUGACCUUCGGCGAGGAAGAGCCCAAAGCCACAGAAACAUCUCUCCAGCGGCGGCAACGGCUCAAGCGCGAGGGUGAGAUCAAGGGGCGCGUCAAGUCAAAAGCCGAGCAGGCCGCAGCAGAGCGCGAGGAGCGUGAGAAGGCGCUAAACGAGUCAUUACUAGAUAGUGCCCGGGCUAAGAAAAGCAAGGGCUUUGCCAUGAUGGCGAAAAUGGGAUUCAAGCCUGGUGUCGCACUUGGCAGCGCCGACAGCGCCGAACACGCGCGUCUGGAGCCUAUACGUCCCCAGAUGAAGGAAGAUCGAGGCGGUAUUGGCCUCGACUCGGAUCGCAAGCGUGCGCUUACCGAAGCGGCGGCCCAUAGUGAGAAGAGGCAGAAGGUCGACGAGACGGAGUUCCGAGACCGCGUGCGUAGGGAGCGCGAGCAGGCGAGGCUAGAGCGGCAAGUCUAUGCUGCGAUGAAGGUGUGCGAGCGCAUGGAUGAGGAAGAGCAAGGAUGCACGAAGGCAGACGGUGAAGCAACAGAGGAGACAGCGGCAAAAACGCGAAAGAAGAGGACAAUAUCUACGCGACCCCUAAAAUCCAUCCCAGUAGUCUGGCGAGGCCUAAUCCGGAGCCGGGAGGAAGCGGAGCGGGACCGGCGAAUGCGGCACGACCUGGAGCAGAGCUCAACGCGGCUCCCGACAUUCGUGGAAGAUCUAGAAGACGACGAUAAGACGGCGCUAGGAAAGACGGCUACGGCGUAUGUCCAGGUUGAGGAUCUCGAGGAGGAAGAUCCGGAGCUGGAUGAGUUUAAUGCGCUGGAGGUUGAGGAGAGGUUAAAGAGACUGGUGGAGUACCUCAGGAAGCAGUAUCAUUACUGCUUCUGGUGUAAAUGCGGCUAUCCGGACGACACGAUGGAGGGAUGUCCCGGGCUAACGGAGGAGGAUCAUGAUUGAGGAUGGCUGUUUUACCGUCAAACUUCAAACUUCAAACUAUUCGGUGUCUGGCCACACAGAUCAUUGUCCAAGUCGCAGUUGAACUUACGACAUGGGCCUAUGUAAGGCGUCAGGGGAAAUCAUAUACAUACAGAGUGAGGACACUGGGAUUCCAAGGCCGGCAAUUCCUUAGGCCCAGGCCCCAGAGUAGUUCAUGUUCCAAGUGAGUUUUUAAUGAGAAUUAUACAUAAACUGAUUAAUAAAUCUGGAACUCAU